CUUAAAUUAUCGUUUGUGACGGAAGAAGAAUCAAAACAAUUAAUCGCGAGGCUUGAGAAUCAAUCAAUGGAUAUGCAGAAUGAAAACGAGAGAUUGAUGGUCUUCGAACAUGCUCGCAAAGUAGCAGAAGCAACCUACGUCAAAAACCCUUUAGAUGCCGAGAAUUUGACGAGAUGGGCAGGAGCUUUACUUGAACUAUCACAGUUUCAGACAGAGCCAAAGCAGAUGAUUCUAGAGGCUAUUUUGAAGCUGGGAGAGGCCUUGGUCAUCGAUCCAAAGAAGCAUGAUGCUCUUUGGUUAAUUGGGAAUGCUCAUCUUUCAUUUGGGUUUUUGAGUUCUGAUCAGACAGAAGCUAGCGAUAACUUUGAGAAAGCUUCUCAGUUCUUUCAACUUGCUGUGGAGGAGCAACCAGAGAGCGAACUCUAUCGGAAAUCAUUGACAUUGGCUUCCAAGGCUCCAGAACUACAUACAGGCGGCACCGCUGGACCAUCAUCUAACAGUGCGAAGGUUGUUUCUUUUAUUCGAAACUACAAUUUGGUUUGAUGAAAAUUUAACACGUUUGUUCUUUCUCACAGACGAUGAAGCAGAAAAAGACCAGUGAGUUCAAGUAUGAUGUGUUCGGAUGGGUCAUCUUAGCCAGUUACGUUGUUGCGUGGAUCAGUUUUGCCAAUUCUCAGACGCCGGUGUCAAGGCAGUAACGCUCACCAAGAGCGUCUAAAGACCAGCACUUUUUUUUUAAUGCAUUUUGAAACAAAAGAGUUUUCUCAUUAUAACAACUCCUAGAACAUAUUUGAAGUUAAGAAUGAGAGAGACUCAGAAAAUGUAUAAGAACUCAUAUUGUCCUUUGGAAAUUAACAUACAAAUUAGUGAAGACAUUAUGCCUAA